CAAAUGCACUAUUAAUGCUAGUGAGGAUGUUGUGCUGAAACAGCUGAAGAAUGAGCACCUUGUAGCAAUAGGAACCUGUGCCUGGCCUGAACUGGAAAAGUAAGAUAGAGAUCCGGUUGAAAACAGGCUUAUUACAAGUGCUGUAAGAGGCAGGACAAGCAACUGCCACCACCUGUAUUUCAAAAGGUAAAACUUGACAGGAUGAAGGAAAAAAGCCAACCCUACUUCUGGGUGUGAGAGGUUGUUUUGAUUGCAGCUUACGAAAGGAGUGAGUGUGUUGGUUGGAGGAACGUUUUUGUAAGCUACUUUAGGUGUCCCGCAUAAGCCCUGUAUUUUGCUGCUCCGUGGAUGCAGAUGAAGGCGGGCGAGAGAAAAGAUGGGGUUUAGCACUGAAUGCUUGUAGCGAGAAGAAAUUGCUAGGCUUUGUAACUGCUGCAUAAGCAUUGGAUGAGAGGGUACGUUUAGAGCAGGGCUGUGUGCUUUCCCAGCCUGCUGAAGCUGCAAGCUCUGUGCUGUGCCUGGAUGCUAAACCCCGCGGGGUAUGCUACCUUGAAGCGGGUGCUAUCCUGACACGGUUUUUUGCAAGUUCUGCAGAACGGCGGGUUUGCGCCAGGCGCUGCCUGGGUGUGACCGGAGCGAGCCCAGGUCUGCCUGCAGCCGCGUGGUCGUGCCCGUUCUCCUCGGGACGCGUGAGAUGACUGGAGCGGGUCCCGGGUGCGUGGGACUGAUCUCCCGUGCCCACAGACUAAAGCGAUGAUGCUCUGUGUGGGUGCGUGUGCCGGGUGAGAACCUGACCUGCCUCUCGUUCGGUGACCAACAGCCUCCCGGGCGCUGAAGCGAGGUCCUCCCCGCCUGACAGAGACCCGCCAGUUAGAGCAGUGGGGGCCAGACCCCGAGGCCGCCAGCCUCUCGGCUGGGUUUAGGAGCGAUGCGGCCCCCUCCCUCCCGCUCCCUUCCCGCCGCCCUUGCCGUCCCUCCUCCUCGCCAGCAGGUGCCCCUCGGCCGCCGCCGCUUCCUCUUCCCGGGCGGCGCAGAUAGGCUAGGCCGGGCCGGGCCGGCCCCAGCAGCCGCGUCCCUCCAGGAUGCUGUUCACUCUGCCUCUGCGGGUAGCCUGCAGUCUGCUCGCCUGGCUCUCUCUCUAUGCUUGGUUCUGCCAUCGCUACAAGCACCGGAAUUAUGAAUGGAGCUGCAGGCUGGUCACACUGACCCAUGGCAUCCUUGCUACCUGUCUCUCUGCUUACAUUGGCUUUAUUGAUGGUCCCUGGCCUUUGAGUCACCCAGGAUCACCAAACACAACUCUUCAGGUACAUGUGCUGUGCCUUAGCUUGGGCUACUUCCUCUUCGACCUUUCCUGGUGUGUGUACUUCCAGGCAGAGGGUGCCCUGAUGCUGGCCCACCAUCUGGUGAGCAUCUUGGGCAUCACAGCAUCGUUGGCACUCGGGGAGUCAGCUGCGGAGGUCAAUGCCGUCAUCUUUGGUAGUGAGAUCACUAACCCGCUGCUGCAGGCCCGCUGGUUCCUGAAGGAAAUGGGAUGUUACCACAGUUUCACAGGCGAUGUGGUGGAUUUCUUCUUCGUGGUCCUCUUCACUGGGGUGCGGAUUGGAGUGGGGGCCUGGCUGAUGUACUGUGAGCUUGCUUCUCCCAAGCCCAGGUGGUACAUUAAGCUGGGUGGUGUCAUCAUGUAUGCUGUCUCCUGGGUUUUCAUGGUCAGCAUCUGUCGCUUCGCUAGGAGGAAGAGCAUGAAGAAGUACCGUGCUUGGAGGAGUCGGAGGAGUGAUGAGUUACACUUGAAAACUAAUGGACAUCUGAAAAACCACUGACUGGAUGCUGAGUGAAGACUUCCUCGAGUUCACAAUCUGGCAAGAAGGGGAUCGUGCCUGAAAUGCCACUGUCGGGAGAGGAGCCAACACACGUUAGCAAUUCUGGAGCCAGAUUUAUCCCUGGCAUAACUCCACUGAAAUCCAUGGAGCUAUGCCAUGGAUUCAUUGGACCUGCAGUGUUUGGCCUGGCAGAGGCUGGCUCAGUGUGUACGUAAGCAUACGCUAAAUUAUAUGAGUGAAAGAAGGGCUAAUUUUACAGACUAAACUUAACUAGUCCAGCAGUGCAGGUGUAAAUAGCAAUGUUAGUAGCUAACUCCUUCAGCACUGGUAGAAUCUUGGAAGAGAGGAGAAAAUAACAAUAGAUCUUCAUGUUCAGUGUCCUGUACCGUCUAGACAGCUAGAGUGACUCUUCAUACUGCUAGGAAGAAGCAUUUUCUAGUGUUUCAUUGGAGUUGGGAUUCCUGGCUCUUCCACCAACUUGUUAUGUGACCUUGGGCAAGUCAUGUAACUCUCUGUGCCUAAUUUCCCCAUCUGUGAAUUGGGGGUGAUGGAGCUGAUCCAUCUGUGUUAUGCACUUUCAAAUCUUUACUUGAGAGGUGCUAUAUAAAUGCAAAAUGAUGGUUGUUAUCUGCACUUUGUUCAUUAUCCCUGUGUUUCCUUUGGGAGAAACGAUUUUGGUGGUUGAGCUAGAGGGUGACUCUAGAAAGAACAGGUUUUUUGGGUAGGUUAUUUUUUCCUAUCCUUGCUAAUUCCCUUUAAUAACUUAUUUAAUAGCAUAUUGAUAACUUGGUUUUCAGUAGUGUCCAGAAGCUCUAAUUAGCACUGGCGCCUUGCAGGACUAGGUGCUCUGUAUUCACACCCAAAGACACAGCCCUUGAUAGGAAACACUUUUCUGACUUUUUAUCUCCUCUUCAUCCCUGACUGUUAAACCUCCACCCACACCCUCCAAAUACUGCUUUUAGCUCUUGAGUGACCAACACUCUCUGUUAUGAGAAGCCCCACCAGGACUUGCCAGUAAGUGGUUUUCUGGCUGAUGGACCAAGCCCUGAUUUGUCUGCAGAAUGCCAAAAUUCCCUCUGCUGUGCUUAUUGGCCCAAAUGCAGGCAUAGUGUGGAGCCAGCCUGAGACCAAAUGGCAUGCCUUGAGAUUGUCAGACAAAUACCUUCCCCAAGCUGUAAGUAACUUUUAAAAAUAAGAACAGUAAAUGCAGGGUGUUUUACUGCAGCAAUCUGCAAACAAUCUGUACUUGCCGGUUUGGGCAAUCUAAAGGGAACAGGGUCCAGAACCUGAUUUGUAGUGAAGGCUGUAUAUUUCUCUUGCCCUUGAAAGUGUCACCCUGGAUUCAGACAGCAAAUCUGAACCCAGAGUCUGCCACAGGGCUUGGGGAUAGUGGGGUACUGUAGGUGAAUGUCUGGGAGCUCUAUGGAAAAAUGAUUGAAAAACACUUGAAACUAGCAUUGAUGUUUUUCCCCAGGACCAUAGAUACCAGUUUUGACAAGAGUGUUUCCUCUGAUCCAAAUUGGGAUUUCUGGUUGAGGAGUGGCCAACAUGCAUCUUCAAAACACGGUGGCUAAGGUGGAAGAGCUACCCAGCUUCAAGUCUGUCCUCUGCUCUGUUCAAGCCAGAGACUUAACCUUGGCUCUCCAUCAUCUGAAUUGAUGCCUUGACCCCUGGGCUUUGAAUUCACUUCUGUCUCCCUGGUUGGAUCUGGGUCACUUUAUAAAAGUGAGCAUUUUACAGCCUAAUAAUUAAAGGAGAGAGAGGCACAGAAUCUGGCCUUUUUUAAGCAAAAAAGUGAACCUCACUGGGAGAAAAAAAUAAGUGUUACUUAUCUGGUCCCAUUUGCAGGGAGAAACUGUCCCCCAGUUGGCAGCUUCUGGUGUUUAUUUCACUGUAUGUUCUUAAGCACUGUUCCUUUGUUAUUGCUGUCAUUAUUAUGAUCAUUUAUUUUGAGCCUCAGCACCAGGCCUCCAGUGCAGCUCAGGUGCCAGUUCUGCUGUGAGCCUUGCCUGUUGCAGCCAAAGACCUGAAGAGCCCAAAGCACUUCAGAUUAGCAGAGCCAACUGAUGGGCGAGCUGGUCCUGAAAAGGAAACUUGACUCAUUUAGCACAGCGCAGUAAUAUGAGUAUUGAACCUUGAAGGGAGACAAGAAGGGCUGGUUGGGGCUUGCUGGUUCUUUCCCAGCUCUGCUGCUGCUGUCAGGCAUGUCAAGGAGCCUUUUUGCCUCAGCUUACCCACUUUAUUAAGUGGGUACAGUAUUAGCUACCUCUCGGGGUGUUUUAAUUUGUUAACAGUAAGACACCUUUGAUGAAUACUUGGUGGUCUGUGUCAAGCUGUGCUGCAUAAAGGCAAAAUGCUGUUGCUUUGAGUGAAGCACUUCUCACUAUGACCCGUCAUCAAUACUUUGUUACCUGAACAUGGCACUUCCCAGCAUCUGGCUUGCCUCACAAAAGCAGGAGUCCAAGGUGUUUUACAGUGGUGCUUAUGGGUAGGAGUCAAAAGGAGUAAGCUAGACACGCGUAAAAAUCAGCCGUGAUGCUGCUUGUUCAGGUGGACUCCCAGGUUGAAGAAAGGAUGUCUGGUGGGUUUUUUCUAGUAAGGAUUACAGUAAAUUUGGAGCCAAAAGAGUUUCAGCAGCCAGCCUGACCAGGGAAUAAGGGCUUUCAGCAGCAAGUCCAAGUCCUGAAGAAAUGUAGGUGAAAACAGCCUGUUAAUUUCUCAGUGCGGCUGUUGACUUGCCCACCAAGAAGAGUUUCCUGAGCAGUCGUGAUGAUUUGGACUCUGACCUCUGCUGAGAUUUGGUGUACAGCUUACUGCAUGGCUACAGCCCUUCUGUGGGGGCUGUGCAGCCCAUACCUGCCCAAGUGAGUAAGAUGUCAGUUAGUGACUGCAGGUAUCUAUGAAACACCUUGUGUGACGAUGUUUUGAAAGAUAAUGCACUUAAUGGCUGAGUGGUCCCCUUCUUUGAACUGGGGGGAAGCUUGCUUGGAAGAAGUAGAGCACUGUGAUCAAUGUUGAGGCUUUAGAAGUUAAACAAGGGCACCAGAAAAUAAAAGAGCAAUUAGGAAUGGCUUUAUGAGGUAGAGCUAGCAAUGAUGUCUCAGAGCAAGGCCUCGUAGUCUGUCUAGUGGGCUCCAGCAUAGAAUCACAGACCCAGAAGAAGUAUAACUUUCAAGCUAUGGAGCACAUGGUGGGACCUGUCCUCAGGCUAGUCCAUAAUGGCUAGAGCAAAUUGUAAAAGGAAACUGCAGAACUAGUGUGAAAUAACAACUUGUGUUUGAAUUACUGUGUAAUAGCAACUAAUGUUCCACCAGUGAAUGGUGUAGAUGCUUUGUAUUACGUUUUAUAAAAUAAAGAUUAUUUAAUUAUA